AUGGUGCCUCUCAGCAAGAUCUCUGCCGCCGCUCUCCUCCUGGUCUCAGGCAGCGUCUGCCAAGGGCAGCUUGAAACAUGCCAGGACCUUCUGGACGCCUUCGCGUUGACAGCGUCGCAGGACGUGGUGGUGGAGAUCCAGCCCGGCCAGGACAUCACCUGCGACAGCUUCACGACCAUGAGCAUGUCGGCGAACAGCCUGACGGUGAUGACCCCCGACGGACAGUCCGGCAGCGUCGGCCUCAACGAGGUCCGCUUCGAGGUCACCGACGGAGCGAAGCUCUUGUGGUACCCGGGGGCCUCGUUCACCGGGACUGAGUACCAAGACGUCAACGGCGGUGCGGUGUACGUUGGAGAAGGCUCAUCGGCCCGGUUCUACGACACCCUUACCACGUCCGAGGUGGGAGUGCGAAGCGUGCCUGAGGAAGGCUCCGACUUCGCCAGCUACCAACUCAUCGGAGGGUGCGUAUACGUGGACGGUUACUUCCGUGUGGAGGGACACGCCUCCUUCGUCGGCUGCGAAAACUCGGGCGGAGGGGAGAGCUCGCCGGGGCCCGGCGGCGUGAUGUACGUCGGGGAGACCGGGUCCGUGCUGUUCGCGGGAGAGGUGACGAUGCAAGACGUGUCCAUCAUCGACGACGAGGGUAACAACGGAGGGGGGAUCUACAACCUCGGCAAGGUCAACAUCAAGGGAAACGCCGUGUUCCAGAACCUGCGGGCGGAGGCCGGAGGGGCCAUCUUCAACGGCUCUGGGGCGGAGUUCAGGUUCAAGAAGGGGGCCACCGCCGACUUCAUCGACUGCCUGUCCUUCGACGGCAUCGGCGGGGCCGUCUUCAACGCGGGCUACUUCAAGCUGUCCGGCCCCGCCGAGGUCGUCGAGUGCCGCGCCCCGACCUUCGUUGUCGGGAGCAGCGGAUACACGAGGCUGUCGGAGGGGUCCGUCUUCAACGGCGACGGUUCCGACUACCCCGAGCCCAUCAUGUUCGUCAUGGAGGGGGGAAGGCUCACGGGCGUGGGGAAGGUCACGUUCGACAACGCCGCGGACACGGGCUGCGGCACCGUGUACUACGAAGAAGGAGACGUGUGCUACUCGUAGAGAAAGUUAUCCGUCGUCUACCGACGGUUAUACCGUAAGUUAGUGCGUGUAGCCAACAAGGAAUCACCCAGAUAGACAUGUUAGGCGGGGGCAGUGAGCUUCGUGGAUGGCAAGUCAGGUGUUUCCGGAGCCAGCCGCGUAGUUGCUUGUUUUACGACGUCGGCGCUUUAUAGCCGGACGGAGCGAUACGUUGGCCGGCUUUGGUCGUUUAAAGGUACCGGGUGCGUUGGCGUUGGCGUCCUAUCAAGGGAGUUGGGGAAGCCGGUACGAAGUGUGUAAGAUUAUGUUUUUGUUGUUGUUGUUGUCGUUGUCACUUGAUAAAUUCGGCGGCCUGCUUAGCCGUCGUACCUUCCAAGACCCACACCGGCCAUACUGACGCGGGCGCCUAUGCUGUAGACGAAGUUGGAAGGACAGGUUUGUUGUGAUGCAGAAUAGACAGAACAGCAGCAGUUCGUUGUUUCCUUGAACUUCGUUGCUUCUUGGCGGUUAGUGUGGGUACGCGGACGAAGGUACCCUGGCGAGAAAAAAAGUUGCUCACGACGACUACUGCUGUACUUAAGUCGAAAUUAAGGGUUCACGCGGAAGGUCUUAUCGCGCGAGAGAGCGCAGAGCAGAGACAAGAUGUAAGGUGGACACAUUGUAACGGUAAAUUGUAAACACUAGAUAUACUUACUA